AGGCCGGAUUUGCAAACAUUGAUAUUUUUUUUCUUAAACGCAAAGAUUUGGUUGAGUCUCUUUGCAGCUGCACAGCGGACUGCCUUUUUUUUGCAACAGUCAGAAUAGGUGCGACGCUAAAGAAAGCUAGGGAGAGCGUAUCGUGAGGAAAGGGGAGACCCACACAGAUCUACCCUUGUUUGAGUGAGCCCAUUGAAUUUACAUUGUAGCAAUAUUGUAUUACACGGGACCCGGGGUGCACGACAACCAAAUAAACGAUCAACAUGGAACAAUAUGACGGCGAGAUCGGCGAGGACGGCAUGUACAUGCAACAGCAGGACGAUUGGGAUAGGGAUAUGCUACUGGAUCCUGCAUGGGAGAAACAGCAGAGGAAGACGUUUACAGCCUGGUGUAACUCUCACCUGAGGAAAGCUGGGACUCAGAUCGAGAACAUUGAGGAGGACUUCAGGGAUGGCCUCAAACUCAUGUUGCUGCUGGAGGUCAUAUCAGGCGAGCGCCUGGCCAAGCCAGAGCGAGGGAAGAUGCGGGUUCACAAGAUCUCCAAUGUGAACAAGGCCCUGGACUACAUCGCCAGUAAAGGGGUGAGGCUGGUGUCCAUCGGGGCUGAAGAGAUCGUGGAUGGCAACGCGAAGAUGACCCUGGGAAUGAUCUGGACCAUCAUCCUCCGCUUUGCUAUUCAGGACAUCUCCGUCGAGGAGACCUCAGCCAAAGAAGGCCUGCUGCUGUGGUGCCAGCGAAAGACAGCGCCCUACAAGAAUGUCAACAUACAGAACUUCCAUAUAAGCUGGAAGGAUGGCCUGGGAUUCUGCGCUCUCAUUCACAGACACCGCCCAGAGCUCAUAGACUACGGCAAACUGCGCAAGGAUGACCCCAUGACCAACCUGAACACAGCCUUCGAUGUUGCUGAGAAGUACCUGGACAUUCCUAAGAUGUUGGAUGCUGAGGACAUCGUUGGCACGGUCCGCCCAGACGAGAAGGCCAUCAUGACCUACGUCUCCAGCUUCUAUCACGCCUUCUCCGGCGCCCAGAAGGCAGAGACGGCAGCUAAUCGGAUCUGCAAGGUGCUGGCUGUCAACCAGGAGAACGAGCAGCUUAUGGAGGACUAUGAGAAGCUGGCUAGCGAUCUGCUGGAGUGGAUCCGCCGCACUGUCCCCUGGCUGGAGAACCGUGCCCCAGAGAACACAAUGCAGGCCAUGCAGCAGAAACUGGAGGACUUCCGUGACUACCGGCGCAUGCACAAGCCCCCCAAGGUGCAGGAAAAGUGUCAGCUGGAGAUCAACUUCAACACCCUGCAGACCAAGCUGAGGCUGAGCAACCGGCCCGCCUUCAUGCCCUCCGAGGGGAGGAUGGUCUCGGACAUCAACAAUGCGUGGGGCGGGCUGGAGCAUGCAGAGAAGGGCUACGAGGAGUGGCUGCUGAACGAGAUCCGCAGACUCGAGAGACUCGACCACCUGGCUGAGAAAUUUAGACAGAAAGCUGCCAUCCACGAGGCCUGGACUGCGGGCAAGGAGGGGAUGCUGCAAGAGAAGGACUUUGAGACGGCCUCCCUGUCAGAGAUCAAAGCCCUGCUGAAGAAACACGAGGCCUUCGAGAGCGACCUGGCAGCGCACCAGGACAGAGUGGAGCAGAUCGCAGCCAUCGCCCAGGAGCUCAAUGAGCUGGAUUACUACGACUCCCCCAGUGUGAACGCACGCUGCCAGUGCAUCUGUGACCAGUGGGACGCCCUGGGAGCUCUAACACAGAAACGCAGUGAGGCCCUGGAGAGAACAGAGAAGCUGCUGGAGACCAUCGACCAGCUGUACUUGGAGUUCGCCAAGAGGGCGGCGCCCUUCAACAACUGGAUGGAGGGGGCGAUGGAGGACCUGCAGGACACCUUCAUUGUCCACACCAUCGAGGAGAUCCAGGGGCUGAGCACGGCUCACGAGCAGUUCAAGGCCACCCUCCCCGAGGCAGACAAGGAGCGACAAGCCAUCCUGGGCAUCCACAACGAGAUCACCAAGAUCGUGCAGACCUACCACGUGAACAUGGUCGGGACCAACCCCUACACCACCAUCAACCCCCAGGAGAUCAACGGCAAGUGGGACAAGGUCAGGCAGUUGGUGCCCCAGAGAGACCAGGCCCUGAUGGAGGAGCAUGCCAGGCAGCAGAACAACGAGCGGCUCCGGAAACAGUUUGCAGGCCAGGCCAACAUCAUCGGACCCUGGAUACAGACCAAGAUGGAGGAAAUUGGCCGCAUUUCCAUCGAGAUGCACGGCACCUUGGAGGACCAGCUGACUCACCUGCGGCAGUACGAGAAGAGCAUCGUCAACUACAAGCCAAAGAUUGAUCAGCUGGAGGUGGACCACCAGCUCAUCCAGGAGGAGCUCAUCUUCGACAACAAGCACACCAACUACACCAUGGAGCACAUCCGUGUGGGCUGGGAGCAGCUCCUCACCACCAUCGCCAGGACCAUCAACGAGAUUGAGAACCAGGUCCUGACCAGAGACGCCAAGGGCAUCAGCCAGGACCAGAUGAACGAGUUCCGAGCCUCUUUCAACCACUUUGACAGGGAUCACUCCGGGAAGAUGGGGGCUGAAGAGUUCAAAGCCUGCCUCAUCAGCCUGGGCUUCGAUAUCGCCAACGACGCACAGAAGAGAACAGGUAUGAUGGAUGCUGAAGAUUUCCGAACCUGCCUCAUCUCCAUGGGUUACAACAUGGGAGAGGCUGAGUUUUCACGCAUCAUGAGCAUCGUGGACCCGAACCGGCUUGGCGUGGUCACAUUCCAGGCCUUCAUCGACUUCAUGUCCCGGGAGACAGCCGACACCGAUACAGCAGACCAGGUCAUGGCCUCCUUCAAAGUGCUGGCAGGAGACAAGAAUUACAUCCUGGCUGACGAGCUUCGCCGUGAGCUGCCUCCAGACCAGGCUGAGUACUGCAUCGCCCGCAUGGCUCCGUACUGCGGCCCUGAUGCUGUGCCUGGAGCCCUGGACUACAUGUCCUUCUCCACGGCACUGUACGGAGAAAGUGACCUUUAAACCCUGACCCCAGCAAAGCCGGCACCUGUUUUUGUACGCAGCCAGCCUCCGUGCCCCCCCUCCCUCAGGACCUCCUGUCUGUCAGCCCUGUCAUUACUGGCUUUGCACGCAGGAGUCCCCCGCCAGGCAGCCUGCUAUCCCCGUUUACAAAAGGGGCAAUGAUUUUUUUUUUGUUUUUCUUCAUUAAAAAAAAAAAUAACAUAUUUUAUUAUACAGAACAAAAGGUAUUUUUCUCCACCUGAUUUAAAGAAAGAAAAAAUAAAGAAAAAAUUGCACCAAA